AUGAUAAACACUUCCCUCCGCGUACGCCUUGCAAGUGACACGGACGAGGCAUUCAAUCUAUCUAUCCCAUAUCCCGACAAUCACCCGCGCCAAACCAACGCCAAGCCCCAAGCUCCCCCGAAGCUCUCAAACUUCACCUCCGACAUCGAACAUCGAACAUCGAACGACACCACACAACGACUCAAACCCCCAACCACAACCACAACCACAACCACAACAACCCACAAACCUCAAUCAAUGGCCACAACCUCCACCUCCUCCACCACCUCACCCUCCCAACCCACACCACAACCCCCCCCAAAACCAACCCGCCCCCUCCCCCUCUCCGCCGCCCAAGAACAACAAGUCCGCGACACAUACUACCGCAACGUCCGCGCCAAAUGCGCCGACGAAAUCCGCGCAUUCGCAACCUGCGCCCACACCCUAACAAUAACCGCCACCUGGCGCUGCCGCACACCGCGGACCCUCAUGAACACCUGCAUGCUCGCGCACGCGACGCCCGAAAACAUGGAUGCCGCGCGGACAGAGUGGUUCGGAGCGCUCGAGGAGAGGAAGGCGGCGCGGGAGGAGCGGCGGCGGAAGUUGGUGGAGAGGAGCUUUUGA